UUAUUUUGAAUGUUGACACAUCUCGCACAAAAUUUCGGCUGCCGUGUUUUGUCCGUGUUUGUCAGAGAAAGUGAGAAUCCAAAUUAUCCAGUCAGUAUUUUUCUAAACUUUCAGUUUAUUUCUACCUUACCAGUUUCGUGUAAACAUAUCAACUGGUAAAUACAGUUUUUGAACCUAGCUUACAAUCACAGAUCAUGGGCGCUUCCGAGUGGGACGAUUUACGAAAACAGGCUCGCCAUUUAGAAAAUGACAUCGACCUAAAGUUAAUUGCCUUUAAUAAAGUCGGCGUCGGCAGCGGUUCGCUCGGAUCGUCAACCAGCGCCGGAGCAGGUACUGAUGAAGAUACGGCCCCGCUUCUAGGGGAUCAUGUAUUUGAAUCGCUCUCGCUGGAAAUUGAACAGAUGCUGGAUAAACUUUCCAGCAUUAACGAGAAACUGUCCGAAAUUCCCAGCAGUGGGGCAGCCGUGAUGCAUGUGCUGCAGAGGCAUCGGGAAAUUUUGCACGGCUACCGACAGGAGUUUCUAAAGAUUCAAGCCAAUCACACAACGCGCAUAGAACGGGAAGAGUUGCUGCGAGGUUCCGGCUUAGGUCCCUCAUCUGCAAGUUCGCCUAGCACGUCCGGACUGAGCCGAAGAGACAUGUAUCUGAAGGAGAACACCCACCUUCACAAUUCGAGUUCCAUGGUUAACGACCAGAUUAGCAUAGCAAUGGAAACGAAGGAGCAUUUGAGCUCGCAACGACAGCACAUGAAGCGCUUCCAGACUAGAAUGCACGACAUUUCAAGUCGCUUUCCGAUUAUUUCUAGUCUCGUCCAACGGAUCAAUAUUCGCAAGCGAAGAGAUUCAUUGAUACUCGGAGGUGUGAUCGCUGUAUGCACGAUUCUGCUGCUGCUCUAUGCCUUCCACUGACGGUUAGAGCUGCCAAUGUGAGGCAAGCUCACGCUUUAAACAUUACAUGGAUUUUUCUUAUGUUCCGUUA